AACUGAAAUUGACAACGGACAUCCGGUUUUAGUAAAGUUUGCACCAGCUUUGAAAAUCAAAACAUCUGUUUUUUUGUCAAGAACUAAAGACAGAACUGCAUGGUAGUGCUGGGCUAACGUGACUUAACCAUGGCCUUUAGUGCCCAAUUAUGAGUUCUAAUGGAAAUUAAUGCUCAGUUGCAAAUCCACAGGCCUAACUAUCCAGAUGAAAUGUGGUGGAAAAUAUGAAAAUAUUUGUAAUUUACAACAUCAAAAUUAUUUGAAAUUCUUAAAAUAAAGUCAAUUCAACCAAAAUGCUAAUUUCACAACUUCUCCUGUUAAUGGUUCAUUGGUAUCUAUUCAGUAAUAGCUUUGUCGCAAGCAUUUCAGUUGAUUUUCCAGUUUUUCAUUGUGGAAAUGACUGUUUAUGCACAACUUACAUGGGUAGUAAAAUAAGUGCUGAAUGUUCUAAUCAGCAAUUGAUAAUGGUACCAACUGAUCUUCCAAAAGAAAUAGAGAAAUUAGAUCUGUCAAACAAUAACAUAAAUCUAGAAGCAUAUGAAGAAGGUCUGAUUUGCCAAAUGUAUCCCAAUCUGAGCACUGUAUCAUUUGCUGAAAAUAAAAUGAAACAAUUAUAUCCCAUAUUUUCAGGUUGUGACAAACUUACUGAAAUGAAUCUUCAAAAUAACAACAUUCAAAAUCUAAAUCCUGAUACUUUGAAGGGGCUAAAUAAUCUUGAGGUUUUGCUUGGUCUAGAAUUAAAGGAAUUAAAAGUUGACAGUCUUAGGGAACUGCAUCAAUUAAAACAUCUACAGUUGACUUAUCAUGGCAAACUGCUGCCAAGUUUACAAAGUCUCAGUACACUAAACAAACUAGAAUUAACCCUGCCAAAUAUGAUUAGGUUAUCUGCUGAGAGUUUCCAGGUGGAAAAUAGCAGUUUGAUGGAGUUAAAAUUAAAAGCACCAAAGUUAAAACUUCUACCGUCAACACUGUUGAAAAUGCUAGUCAACUUAGUUGACCUUGAAUUAGAAUUUACUAAACUAAAUGACCUGCAUUUUGAAAAUACACCUAAAAAGAUCAAGAGCCUCAAAUUGAAGGGAGUGAGAGCUACACACACAGAUUUGUUGCAGGGUAUGGAUUCUUUGGAAAGGUUAUGGCUGCAGAACAUGGAUAUUAUUCGCUUCAAUAUGUAUGGAAACACAUUAAAGGAACUGUUAUUAGCUGAUUGUUCGUUGGAAAAGAUGCCCCCUAAAUGGCUUAUAAACCUAACUAACCUUGAAAUCUUGAAUAUAACUACCAGCGGUCUCCAGUACAUAGAUCCACUUGAUUUUGUUAACUUGAGUUCAUUGAAACUUCUGGUACUAUCAGGCAAUAAGUUGUCAAGUUUCCCAGCAUUAGCAGUGAGGCAUCUAAGCCAUACUUUGCAAAAGCUAAUUGUAAGCAAAUCUCCAUUAGAUACUCUCUUGGAAGGGCAUGUUUCCAAUAUGCUUGCACUUGAAGUCAUUGAUUUCAGUGAGAAUAAAAUUGAAGUUAUUGGAGAAAAUGCAUUUCACAACUUGCCACAGCUCAAACGGUUAUACCUGCAACAAAAUUUUCUGGAAAAGCUGCCCACCAAGUUUUUGGCUAACAUUCCUAAAUUGGCUGUUCUAAAUCUUGCAGGCAAUAGCUUCUAUACAUGGCCAACAACGCUGCUAACCACAGAUGUUGAUGAGUUGGAUAUGUCUUCCAAUAUGCUUACUAAAUUACCUUGGGAAAAAAUGUGCACGAUGAAAAAUUACACAGUUUUGAAAUUGUUCAGUAAUUUACUUCUUUGUGAUUGCGCCUUGCGAGAGCUACUGUAUUGUCGGCCACCUAAAACUAUACAUGCCACCUGCAGCAUCUCACUUCAUGAUGAACCCAUGAACAUUAAUGAGUAUACUGGUUGCAUAACAACAACAACCACAUCCUCUUCAACUGAAUCUACCACAGCAGCUUCCACCUUGUCUUCAACAACACCUUCUACCCUAUCUUCAACAGAGAGUACCACAGUUGGAUCAUAUUCAACAAAAAGCACUUCAACAGAAACAGUAGUUCUAGCAGUAGAAAAAGCAGAAGAGGUUGAGAUUGUUCGACCAAUUGUUAUUUCUGAUAACACUGGCAGUGAAGUGAGAGAUACCACCACACAGGUUACCAGCACAACAAAAUCUACUCGUUCCACUGUUGAACGUUCCACUGUUGAACCAUCGCAGAAUGCUUCAAUUCAAACACAUGUAUCCCAUGAAAGCACAACUAUAGCAGGCUUUGUUAAGAACAGAACUUUAGCGUAUCCAUUUGAAAAUGUAACUGGACAGAAAGAACACCAUAAGCUAGAGAUGAUCAAGCAAAUGGCAGCCCCCAAUAGUCAGAGUCAAUCUAUGUUGACAUUAAACAGCUUGAUCAUAGCUUUUGCUGUCAUUGGCACUCUCACUGCUGUAGCUGGAAUAGGCGUUUGGUGUUACAGGAAAGUCUGGCAAACUGGAUCAUAUGAUACCGCUACCUAUACUGAUCCCUUAAGUCUAAACCAUAGAGGUACAACUUAAAUGUCAGCUCUAAUAUCUCAGUGAUUUUUUAAUCUACAUUUUGUAAUAAUUACUUAUUGUAAUGCUGUAGAAACUUCAAAAAAAAUUUUUUUUGAUAAUAGUCUAUUUUUUUAUAAAAAAGUUUAGCUAAGAGUUUUUAGUAUCAAGUCUAACUUUUGUUAGAUAUCGAUCAGUUACUAGAAUACUAUUAACUUAAUAUUUUCCCAACUAGAAAACAUACAUUCUGUCUUAUUUACCUAGUAGGUUUAAAACGCUAUUACCACAAAGCUAUUGAUCUUUCAACUUAACUGUUAAAUUAUUUAACAUUUAAAACAUUUUUUGCUUUUGGUCACAUUGCAUUCAAUUUUUCAAAACUUGUGUUUUUGUUUGCUAAAGUCCAUUUUUGUGCUCCUUCAUAGCUGCUAAUGUGACAGAUUUCACAAAGAAAUUUGUAAAUAGAAUUUUUAGACAUUGAUUUUAUUUAACUUUGUCAAUAAACAUAGCCAUAGAACAUUUUUCUUCAUAUACCAGUUUUUUAAAUGUAUUGAAUCAUUUGUGAAACAAGCAAAAGUUAAAAUAAAAAAAAGUAAAUGUUUUAAAACUUAAGUUUAAAGAAAAAAAUAAACAUGUUGAGAAAUAUAUUUGUUCUUUCAUAAGCAUGUUAGCUUUUUUUAAAGCAUUUUUUAUUAUACUUUAAGCCAUCUUGAUUUUGGAGUCAUUUAACUACCCAGCAUUAUUGGUCUUUCCAACAUGCUCUUUCUCAAAGAGGAAGAAAAACCUCUGAAUAGUUACAUGCAAAAUAAUGUGCACUUUCACAUUUUUUGGAUAAAGCGAUUGUGAUUAUUCAAUUCUGUAAAUACAGGAAACUCCAGAAUUUUUGCUGGAACGUUUGUGCAAAUUUAUAUAUAUUUUUUUUGUUAUUGUAUUAUUAUUGUUUCUUUUUUGGAGUUCACAUUUGCAUUAAACUGUUAG